AAAAUCUAUGAGGAAGAAGAUGAUACAAAGGAUCAUCGGAGCUGUUACAGAGCCUGAGAUCCAAAGAGACGGAGCUUCUUCUCCAGGAAAAAUGGGAGGAGUAUAUACAGAUUUACACCAAGUUCAUCGACCUCUCUCGGAGCCAAGUCUAUACAGAUCUGACUCGGACAUUAUUCCGGAUUCGAUUCAUGAUCUCUGGAGAUCGCUUUGCUUGGCUUUGUGCAAUCAUGCGGAGGCGCGGGCCAGACUCUAUGAUUUCUCUGAAGUAACCAAGAGGCCAACAGAUCCCGGGAAGGUGAUUUCACAACGAGAGAGAGAACUGAAGCAUCCAAGUAGCUAUAGAAAAGAUAUACCAAGGAAAUGGUUUUUGGAAUUCAAUGGGAUUGUGCCAAUUGCACUUUGAAGACUUGUUCUCUUGUUUGGUAGAUAACACCAGAGUUUUUGAAGCGGGAAUGAAGUAUGUAAAGUGACGACUAGUACACUAUUAUAUGUAUGAUCUCUCUCUGCAGGAAAUGAAGCUAAUAUUCUUGAAGUGGGAAUUAACUUUCAAAGAUUUUUUAUGCUUUUAUAAAUUUACUCAUAAAACCUUAUAUAAGAUUUAUAAAGCUUUAU